AUGGCCCAAACACAGGUUACCUUCAACGAUGUCUUUGAGGACGGCGACGUUGAGGAGGUCCAGAAGGACCCCCAGACCAUCCACCACAUCCGCGCCAACUCAAGCAUCAUGCACUUGAAGAAGAUCUUGGUGGCCAACCGUGGCGAAAUUCCCAUUCGUAUCUUCAGAACAGCCCACGAGCUUUCGCUGCACACCAUCGCAGUCUUCAGUUAUGAGGACCGUCUCUCUAUGCACAGACAGAAGGCCGAUGAAGCAUACGUCAUUGGCAAGCGCGGCCAGUACACCCCGGUCGGUGCUUAUCUCGCUGGAGACGAGAUUAUCAAGAUUGCCGUCGAGCACGGCGCGCAAAUGAUCCAUCCUGGUUAUGGUUUCCUCUCAGAAAACGCCGAGUUCGCUCGCAACGUCGAGAAGGCCGGUCUGAUCUUCGUUGGUCCCUCCGCCGAUGUCAUUGACUCGCUCGGCGACAAGGUGUCUGCCCGAACCCUCGCUAUCGCUGCCGGUGUCCCCGUCGUUCCCGGUACCGAAGGCGCCGUUGCCACCUUUGAGGAGGUCAAGAGCUUCACCGAUGAAUAUGGUUUCCCCAUUAUCAUCAAGGCUGCAUAUGGCGGUGGUGGUCGUGGUAUGCGUGUCGUCCGCGACCAGGAGACCUUGAAGGAGAACUUCGAGAGAGCCACCUCCGAGGCCAAGUCCGCCUUCGGCAACGGCACCGUCUUUGUCGAGAGAUUCUUGGACAAGCCCAAGCACAUUGAGGUCCAGCUUCUUGGUGACAACCACGGCAACAUUGUCCACCUGUACGAGCGUGACUGCUCCGUCCAGCGUCGUCACCAGAAGGUCGUCGAGAUCGCUCCCGCCAAGGACCUUCCUUCCGACGUCCGCGACGCUAUUCUCAACGACGCCGUCAAGCUGGCCAAGUCGGUCAACUACCGCAACGCCGGUACCGCCGAGUUCUUGGUCGACCAGCAGAACAGAUACUACUUCAUCGAGAUCAACCCCCGUAUCCAGGUCGAGCACACCAUUACGGAAGAGAUCACGGGUAUCGACAUCGUUGCCGCUCAGAUCCAGAUCGCCGCUGGUGCCACCUUGCAGCAGCUUGGCCUGACCCAGGAUCGCAUCUCCACCAGAGGUUUCGCCAUUCAGUGCAGAAUUACCACCGAGGACCCGGCCAAGGGAUUCUCGCCCGAUACCGGCAAGAUCGAAGUCUACCGAUCUGCUGGUGGUAACGGUGUCCGUCUUGACGGUGGCAACGGUUUCGCCGGUGCCGUCAUUACCCCUUACUACGACUCCAUGUUGGUCAAGUGCACCUGCCACGGUUCUACCUACGAGAUUGCUAGGAGAAAGGUCCUCCGUGCCCUUGUCGAAUUCCGUAUUCGCGGCGUCAAGACCAACAUUCCUUUCCUCGCUUCCCUUCUUACCCACCCGACCUUCAUUGACGGCAACUGCUGGACCACCUUCAUCGACGACACUCCUCAGCUCUUCGACCUCAUUGGCAGCCAGAACCGUGCCCAGAAGCUUCUUGCCUACCUCGGUGACGUCGCCGUCAACGGCAGCAGCAUUAAGGGCCAGAUUGGCGACCCCAAGUUCAAGGGAGACAUCAUCCUCCCCGAGCUCCUCAACGACGAUGGUUCCAAGGUCGAUGUUUUUGCCACCUGCAAGAAGGGUUGGAGAGAGAUCAUCACCGAGCAGGGCCCCAAGGCCUUCGCCAAGGCUGUCCGCGAGUACAAGGGAACUUUGCUCAUGGAUACCACAUGGCGUGAUGCCCAUCAGUCUCUGUUGGCCACCCGUGUCCGUACUGUCGACUUGCUCAACAUUGCCAAGGAGACUAGCCACGGUCUGAGCAACCUGUUCGCUCUGGAGUGCUGGGGAGGUGCGACCUUUGAUGUUGCCUACCGCUUCCUCUACGAGGACCCCUGGGACCGUCUUCGCCGCAUGAGGAAGGCAGUGCCCAACAUCCCCUUCCAGAUGCUGCUCCGUGGCGCCAACGGUGUUGCUUACUCAUCGCUUCCCGAUAACGCUAUCGACCACUUCGUCGAGCAGGCCAAGAAGAACGGUGUCGAUAUCUUCCGUGUAUUUGAUGCCUUGAACGACAUUGACCAACUCGAGGUCGGUAUCAAGGCCGUCCAAAAGGCCGGUGGUGUCGUUGAGGGAACUUGUUGUAUCUCAGGAGACAUGCUAAACCCCAAGAAGAAGUACAACCUCGAGUACUACCUCGACCUUGUCGACAAGCUCGUUGCUCUUGACAUCCACAUCCUCGGUCUCAAGGACAUGGCUGGUGUCUUGAAGCCGCACGCGGCGACCAAGCUCGUUGGUGCUAUCCGUGCCAAGUACCCCGACCUCCCCAUCCACGUCCACACCCACGACUCUGCCGGUACUGGUGUUGCGUCCAUGGUCGCCUGCGCCAAGGCUGGUGCCGAUGCUGUCGACGCUGCCACUGACAGCUUGUCCGGCAUGACCUCUCAGCCGAGUAUCAACGCUAUCAUUGCCUCCCUUGAGGGCAGUGAGCACGACACCGGCCUGAACCCGGCUCACGUCCGCGCUCUGGACUUCUACUGGUCCCAGUUGCGUCUCCUCUACUCUCCCUUCGAGGCCCACCUCAGCGGACCCGAUCCUGAGGUGUACGAGCACGAGAUUCCCGGUGGUCAGCUCACCAACAUGAUGUUCCAGGCCUCCCAGCUUGGUCUCGGUACCCAGUGGGCCGAGACCAAGAAGGCCUACGAGCACGCCAACGACCUUCUUGGCGACAUUGUCAAGGUCACUCCUACCUCCAAGGUUGUUGGUGACCUUGCCCAGUUCAUGGUCUCCAACAAGCUGUCCCCCGAGGACGUCAAGGCUCGCGCUGGUGAGCUCGACUUCCCUGGCUCCGUUCUCGAGUUCCUCGAGGGUCUGAUGGGUCAGCCGUACGGCGGAUUCCCCGAGCCUCUGCGUUCCGACGCCCUUCGCGGCCGCAGAAAGCUGGACAAGCGCCCCGGUCUGUUCCUCGAGCCUGUCGACUUCGUCAAGGUCAAGCGUGAUCUGCACAAGAAGUUCGGCGGUCCCAUCACGGAGUGCGAUAUCGCCGCGUACGUCAUGUACCCCAAGGUCUUUGAGGACUACAAGAAGUUCAUCCAGAAGUACGGCGAUCUCUCCGUCCUACCGACAAAGUACUUCCUAUCUCGUCCCGAGAUUGGCGAGGAGUUCCACGUCGAGCUCGAGAAGGGCAAGGUUCUUAUCCUCAAGCUCUUGGCCAUUGGUCCUCUGAGCGAGAACACUGGCCAGCGUGAGGUGUUCUACGAGAUGAACGGUGAGGUCAGACAAGUCACGGUCGACGACAACAAGGCCUCUGUCGAGAACGUCAGCCGUCCCAAGGCCGAUGCCUCCGACUCUAGCCAAGUCGGCGCUCCCAUGGCCGGUGUGCUCGUUGAGCUCCGUGUCAAGGAGGGCUCUGAUGUCAAGAAGGGCGACCCCAUUGCUGUUCUCAGCGCCAUGAAGAUGGAAAUGGUCAUCUCCGCCCCCCACAACGGAAAGGUGUCGACCCUCCAGGUCAAGGAGGGCGACUCAGUCGACGGCUCCGACUUGGUGUGCAGAAUUGUCAAGGCUUGA